AUGGCUCACGGACUCCUCAUAAAAGUCUUAAAUGUAUUAUCUUACCUUUUUCUUUUGACUGCAAAUGUUUAUUCUGUUUUCGAAGGCGACGGGAGUCAAUCACCUUAUCAUGAAUCCCACAAAACUUACAUCUCUCCAGCUCCUUUUGUUUUUGGUGUUUGGGGUCUUAUUCACUUUUUAUUAGGAGGCUUUGUUAUUUAUCAAUUCUUUGCUCCGGAUGAUGUCAUUGUUGAAGUUUUGAUCCAUGUUCCUUUCUCUUUAUAUCAUGCAUGGAUCGCCGUGAUUUUAGUACUUAGUGUUUUCGCUAUCAUCACUCCUGAAAAAACUGAUGAAGAUCCGAUCGUCCUUGUUAAAAUAGUUGUUGUGAUCGCAUUGCUUAUACUUAAAGGCUUAUCUGCUACUUACAUUGAAGCUGGUAAUGAUAUUACUGGUGCUAUCGUCAUUGCCUGGACCUUGUUCGGUAUUUUUGUCGAGCAAGAAGAUCCAGUUAUCCAUUGGUCUGCUCUCGUUCUUGCCAUCUUCUCAACAAUUCAUAUCAUCAAAGGUAUUGUUGACCUUUUCAACAGAAACAGAGGAAGCGGAGAAUACGCCCCAUUGAAUCCUUAA